AUGCAGUCUGAGAAGGGUCCGCUUCUGGAUAUAAACGAAGUCUACGACUCCGAGGACAAUGACUUUGUUUCCAGGCACACCCGUCACAAUAAGCUACAAAGAACUCGCCCCUGCUGGGCGAGAACCCUGAGAAAAGGGCUCUGCAUCUUUGUGAUUACCGGUAUUAUUAUCUACUAUCUAGGUUUACCGCAUGGCUCUCCGUCUACUGAAAAGAACCCGUCCCCGCACCCCGAGGCUCCCCCGCUUUGCCAGUCGCAAGAAUGCAUUCAUGCCGCCUCCGAAAUCCUCUACAAUCUGGAUCCCAACUAUGAGAACAUAGAUCCCUGCACUGAUUUUGACCAAUAUGUCUGCGGUGGAUGGAGGGAGCACCAUGACAUGCGGCCCGAUCAGGGAUCGAUAUUUGCAGGCACAAUCAUGGAAGAGAAUGCCCAGACUAAACUUCGUCAUAUAUUGGAGCGCACAGAGCCGCCGCAGUCAUCUGAUGCUGACAAUUUCAAGAAACUCAAGGCUGCAUACGAUGCUUGCUUGGACGAGGCUACAGCCAACAAACGGGGCAGCAAGCCGUUGACUAAUAUUCUGGAUGAACUGAAGACUAUCUAUCCCGCAAAGGCAGGUCUUGUGAAAGGAGCGCAGGAUCAACUCACCAGUGCUUUGUUGUAUCUGGCGAACGCUGGUGUCGAGGCUCUGGCUUCUUCCGGUGUUACUCCUGACGAUCGAGACCCUGAUAAUGUUGUUAUCAUGAUCUCACCGCCUCGGGAAAUCGGCCUUCCCGCAAGAGAGUACUAUAAUAACACAAAGACCGUGGCUGACUACACAACCGUUUUGAAGCAAGUUGUUCGGGGACUUGCUGGAGAUGGAUUCGACAAAAUUGCCGAGGAUGUUGUAGCCUUUGAAAAGAAGCUUGCGGACAUAACUCCGGACACCCAAACCCAGGAAGAUGUCACCAAAUACUACAACCCCCUUAGUGUCAAGGAAACGGAGGCACUGGUACCUGAGAUCUCUUUUGCUGAUAUUAUUUCAUCUUUGGCGCCGCACGACUACAAAGGUGAUCGCCUAAUUGUUGGGUCGCCUUCCUAUAUGAGGGCAUUGUCAGUUCUCUUGAAAGAUACACCCAGAGAGACCAUUCUGCUCUUCUUGCAGUGGAAGCUCAUCCAAGCCUUUGCGGAUGUUAUUGAGGAUACCUCCAUUGAACCUCUUCGGCGAUUCGAGAAUGAACUCGCCGGCAAAGAGCCUCAGGCCAAGGAGGAGCGAUGGCGUAAAUGCCUUGGGCGUCUGGAUGAAGGGCUUGAAUGGAGUCUCAGCCGUUUCUAUGUGCUCGAUGCGUUCUCUGAGGACUCAAAAAAACUUGGCGAUCAGAUCGUUUCGGAUAUCAAGGAGCGAUUCAUCUUCACACUGGACCAGACUAGCUGGAUGUCUCCGGAUGUGCGAAAAUUGGGCAUUGAGAAGGUGGGAAACAUUAUCCAGAAGAUCGGAUUUCCCACAAAGAGUCCCAACGUUUUAGACCCCGAGGACGUGAAUAAAUUCUAUCGGGAACUGGAAGUGUCCAAGGACACUUUCUUUGAGAAUGAGGUGGCUGUGGCGAGAUUCCAACUUCGCGGCGAAUGGUCUAAACUCGGAAAGCCCACCAACCGUGACGAAUGGGACAUGAGUGCACCGACUGUCAACGCUUACUACAACCCGCCAGGUAAUGAGAUUGUCUUCCCUGCCGGCAUUAUGCAGCCGCCAGCGUUCUAUGGACCUUCCGCUCCGUUGUAUCUGGCAUAUGGUGCAUUCGGUGCCGUCAGUGGCCACGAACUUUCACAUGCUUUCGAUUCUACCGGUCGACACUACGAUGAGAGUGGAAACUACACUAACUGGUGGGACGACAAGACCGUUGAAGCAUUUGAAGAGCGUGCUCAAUGCUUUGUCGACCAGUAUUCCAAGUUUACAGUCAUUGGCCCCGAGAACAAGGUCCUCCACGUGAACGGACGACUGACACUGGGCGAGAACAUCGCCGACGCUGGAGGUUUGACAGCGUCAUACCACGCGUGGAAGAAGCACGAUGAGGCAAAGCCUGAUCUUCACCUCCCGGGAUUGGAUGCAUUCACCAAAGAGCAGCUGUUCUUUAUAUCUUAUGGUAAUUGGUGGUGUGGGAAGACCACCAAGGAGGCGGCUGAGCAGGCGAUCUAUAACGAUCCCCAUGCGCCUAAAUCAGCACGAAUUAUCGACACUAUGGCCAACUCUAGGGAGUUCAAGAAUGCCUUUAGUUGCCCAGAUAGGAAUCCGGCUUGCAAGCUCUGGUAG